ACACACCCCUGGAUCUGAAAAGUUUGGAAAAUUCACAUUUCACCUCCCACUGGGUGGAGCAGGGCUUAAAAGAGAAGCUGGAAUGUAGUUUCUGGCAGUGUUUUGCUGCAGACUUGUGUGUUAUAGUACCCUAUCAAAGCAAACACUAAUCAAAGGAGAAGAGAGAACAACUGCUACUUUAACAAAAAGUUCAUAAGAAAUAUCAUAAGAAAACACAAGAGAAAAGUGAGGCAGCUGCUCGGCAGAAAUUGUGAACAUCUGUGAACAUGGAAGAAGAUACAAUUCAAAUAGAGAAGAACAACGAAGAGUUUCAGAAAAGUGGUGAUCAUGAGAGCCAGGAGUUGGUGGUGCCCAGCCACAGCCCUGCAGAGUCACCCAGCUCUAGUCCAACACCACAGCAACUAGCAGCAGACUCCAUCAAAGACAGUAAUCAAGUCAACGCCAUCACAGUUCUCACCCUGCUGGAUAAACUGGUGAACAUGCUGGAUUCAGUGAAAGAAAACCAGCACAAAAUGGAAAAGAGGCAGAUUGACAUAGAAAAUUCAGUAAAAGGUAUCCAAAAUGAUAUUACCAAACUAUCAAAAAGUCAUACAUCGACCAGCAACACAGUCAGUAAACUUUUGGAGAAAUCUCGCAAAGUCAGCGCCAACAUGAGAGACGUCAAGGAUCGUAUGGAUAAGCAGACUGUGCAGGUGAAGAAGCUGGAGAGCAACCACAAUCAGCUCUUGAGAAGAAACAAUUUCAAAGUAUUGAUCUUCCAGGGACCUUAUUCCAGAUCCAAUGGACAUCAUGCCAACUCCAGCAACAUUCUGAGUGAGGAAGAAAAUGAAAUCCCUGCAAGUGUAUUUGUGAAAGAACCAACACCUGUACCUAGUAUAACAGAAGGUCCAGAAGAACCUACUGACCCUAAUAAGUCUCAGGAAGAGACCAUGCAUACAAUCGACCUUUCUUCAGAUGAUGAAAUUAAUCAUGAGGAUGAUGGUCAUGAUGACAGUGUCGAUGAAAAAUUAGAGCCAAGCAGAGCUGAGAAAAUGAAAAGAUCCAGUCUGAAGAAAGUAGACAGUCUGAAGAAAGCAUUUUCACGUCAAAAUAUCGAAAAGAAAAUGAAUAAGAUCAGCACGAAAAUAGUGUCCCCAGAAAGAAGAGAAAAAAUUAAAAAGUCUUUCACCCAAUCAGAAAAAAAAUCCUCAAAAAGUUCAUCAAUCAAAGUUCCAAUAGGUUUUAGUGUGGAGAAAUCCAGUGAUGACCAAGUUCUUACAGAGGGUGAGGAGAAAUCUCCUAGUCAAGCUGAAGGAGAAAAGGCUGUAAAUGGUCAGGAUGACAGCCCAAUGGAUAAAAUACCUUCCGAGGUACUUCCUGAUGAGGAAGUAAAAACAACUGAAAUCUCAAUAGAUAAAGAACCUACACCAGCAGAUGAGAGGAAAAACAUUGAGUUGUCUAUUGUUGAAGAUGACGAAGAACAUGAUAUAGACUUUGAAAGUGAGAAUCCAUUUAGCACUGAGUACAAGCCAAAGCCUGGAGAAUUAGAAGAAUCAUAUGAAGCACCUACACAAUCAACUGCUCUACAAAUAAACCAAACUGCAUAAAAGCUGUCUCAUUAUGCAGUCAUCUGGUUAAAAGUGAUUUUACACAUAAAUAUGUGAAUCCAAUACAUAAAAUAUUAUAUGUAUUUAUGUAAACAUAACAUGUUAAGAGUUUAGAUGGGAGCAAUAUUUUUAGGUAAAUAACCCUGCCCAUUACCCAGUAGACUAAUGAACAUCGGAAGAUAUUUUUUGGAAUAAAUAAUUUUUGGCAUUUGAAAAUUAGAAAAUACCAUUUUACAUAAAAUACCACUUAUACAUUUUGGAAACAUCUGUCUAUCUAUCUAUCUAUCUAUCUAUCUAUCUAUCUAUCUAUCUAUCUAUCCAUCUAUCCAUCCUAUAAACAUUUAUUCCAUAACAUACGUUGCAAGGUUGGUCAUAAUUGUGCUACUAAAUAUUUCUUAAUACACUUCAGGGGCCUAUAAAGGAAGUAAAAACAAAAAGUAUACACACAUUAUGUAGACUGAGUGACCUAAUAAAUUAAUUAUGGUAGUUUACUUAGACGAGGAUAUGGGACCAAUGUUUUAGGGAACAGCACUACUCCUAAUGUUACUAUAUUAAUACUAACAAAAUAUACCAUUAAUGAAAUUAUGAUUUUAUAUAUAUAUAUAUAUAUAUAUAGAUAUAUAUAGAGAGGUAUACAAUAUUAUCAAGUAAAGUUCUUAAUCUCCAGUUAUUAUUUAACUUUUUUUUUCCCGUAGUUUUACUUUCUUCCUUUUUUAGCAUAUUCUAGUUUCUUUUAUAGGCAAUUAUCUGGAAU